AUAAAAGUCUCUACUUGACAUCAAUAAUCUUAAGAGAUAGUGGAUGGCAAAUGCAAAGACUAAUGUUUUGGUCAUGACAAUGUUGGUAAUUCUUGGAACCCUAAUUCUGAAUGAUCGUAAGGUUUCCGCUCAAUGCGAAGGGAAGGUUCCGAUUUCUGAUCUGAUAUCACAAUGUUCAAAAUUUGUUCAGAAAACAGGACCAAAAAUUGCUCCAUCUCAACAAUGUUGUCAAGUUGUGAAAAAUGCUGAAAUUCCAUGCGUGUGCAAACUUGUUACUUCAGCAAUUGAGAAAAUUGUUAGCAUGGAGAAAGUUGUCUAUGUUGCUCGAACCUGUGGCGUCGAGGUCCAACCCGGAUUCAAAUGUGGAAGUUACACAGUUCCACCACCUUUGGCAUAAAUAAUUGAAGAUGGAGAUGAAAAGUAUUGCUACAGAAUUAUAAGCAACAGUUUAGUAAUUGUGUUUAAAAUAAAAAAGAAUAAUAGAGCAUGAUGUAUCUAAUAUUGUUGCUUUAUCUUCUCCAAUAUAUUUGAGCAAAUUAAACAUAGUUUUAUUAUUCAUGUUCACUUGCAUUUAAUAAAUAUAAUACUCGGGCGGAAAACAAGUUCGUUUUAUCAUCCAAUUAUAAAUAAUUUCUCUGUUU